AAGUCCUAAGGAAAGGCAGCAGGUCAGUGCUCAGAAUGACACUUACAUGUGCUGGAAGUGACAGGUAGUUUAAACUUUGUAUCAAAAGACAGUAAUGAAAAUGUCACUUUAUGUCAUUAGAAUUAUACUUCAAUUAGACUUCUUUUUUUGAGCAGAAAUAGCAAUAAAGCUAGCAAGAAUUUGAGAUACCACCUUCUUAAUAAAUUGCUGCAAUGACUACUGGGUUUGGAGAGACCUAUUUUUCUAAGAGUUUUCACUCUUUGAAAAAAGCUUGUAGAAUUCUUUGUCUAUUUACUUGGCAGCUGCAUUAUCAGAAAAAAUGCUGGAGCUUCUAUUAACUUUAACUGGUGAACAGCUCACAAGAUGACAGUUGGUCUCCUAUUUGUUUACUAUUUCCUUAAAUGCUUUGAAAAUGCUCAGAAAAUAAAGGUUCUGCAGCAUGGGUGUGCUUUCUGCAAGGAAUUGCAAACAUGGUGUUGUAAAAUGUGAUUCACUGAGUUGGUGUUUUUUAGAAACAGACAUUCUCUGGGUCUCUGUUACUCACCAGGUUUAUCUGAGAAACUGUGAAAGAGCAGAAAAGAAAUCUCCUGUUUCGGAAAGGAAAUAUGUUACCUCUUUACAUGUCAUGCAUCAGAAAUUCGCUUUUCUGCCAUCCAUUUCCUCUACAAGUUCUCCAGUUCUGGUUCAUCGGUGGGUCAAUUACGAAUCAAUGCUGAAAGAAUGUCUUGUUGGGAGGAUGGCUGUCAAGCCCGUUGCUGCUCCGAAAGAGAUUUCUUCUGCUGUGUCUGAAGACAAGAAACAGCUUAAUGGUGUGCUUCCUGAGAAGAAAGUACUGGCUUCUUCUGCUAAAGAUUUAAGUCCGAGUUACGACUGGUUCCAAACAGAUAGUUUGAUCACAAUUGUGAUAUAUACUAAGCAGAAGGACAUGAAUGCAGACUUGGUGAUAGUUGACUGUCAAGACAAGCAAUUAAGGGGAGAAAUCAUCAUGGAUGACCACUCAUAUCUUGUAGAAGUUGACUUGGAUCAUGCAGUUUCAGAAGAUGUGGCUGUAAAUAUUGCUGAAAAAGUAGGGAAAGUAGAGAUUAUCUUAAAUAAAAAGGAUAACAUUCAUUGGAAAAUACUGGGACAGCCCUGUGAGGGUCAUAAUACUUUUAUCAAACGCACAGACAGAGGACUGUUCUACAGAAAAUGCAAGUUGGUUUCUAAGACAGAAGUUACCCAUGACACCAAACUCUUCUGCCUAAUGUUGCCUAAGGGAACACAUCUCCGUGUUCCCACUGGACAACAUGUUUACCUCAAACACAUCAUUGCAGGGACAGAGGUAGUAAAACCAUACACACCUGUGUUGCCUUUUUUGCCACUGGAUUUCCAAGGACCACCUUGCCAUGAUGGUGUGCAUCUAUAUUUAAUGAUUAAAAUUUAUUCCCAUGGACUGUUUACACAGGCACUUGACCACCUGCAAAUUGGAGACUAUAUUUCUGUCAGCAAUCCUGAAGGCAGCUUCAAGAAGUCACAACUUCAAACUUCAGAAGAUCUCCUUUUAUUGGCAGGAGGGACAGGUUUCACACCAAUGGUUAAGCUGCUGAAUUUUGCUCUGACUGAAGUUAGCUGUCUCAGGACAGUGAAGCUGAUCUUCUUCAACAAAACUGAGGAUGACAUACUCUGGAGAAACCAACUAGAGCAAUUAGCUCUUAAAGAUGAAAGGUUUGAGGUUCAAUUCAUUCUUUCACAACCAUCAAAAGAUUGGGUAGGUAAACAGGGGAAGAUUUCUCCGUCUCUUCUAUCUGAGUUUGUGAAAAGAAGUAGAAGAGACUCCAAAGUGCUUAUCUGCAUCUGUGGUCCAACACCUUUUACAGAACAAGGAGUACAAUAUCUGAAGGACCUUGGAUACUCCCAAGAAGAGAUACACGCUUUUACUGCAUAAACCCAUAGGAGGAUAUCAUUGUUUAUAUAAUUCAGUGUUAUUUAUUUGUCUUCAUGAAUUUAAAUAAGUGAGAAACAAUUUUGUAAGACUUGAAAUUUCAUUCUUGGUACCAAACUGUUUCUUGGAAGAAGCAUAUCUUGGAAAAUAAGUUUUAUACUGUGUUUUAUCUUCUUUUUGUAAAUAUUUUUGCUAAUAUUUAAGUCAUCCAGGGUGUUAAUUUAUUGUAGAGGCAAGCAAAAAAGUGUAGUAUACAUUAUGUCAGGUGUUUCAUGUUGUUGGUUCAUGAGAAUUCUGAAAUUUGCAACAAGCUCUGAUAAAGGUUUUGACUUGAUAAAGCUUAUUAUUUCUUACUGUAAAAAGUCCAAAGAGCAAUACUGUCUGAAAUUAAAUAUUGCACUGUAACUCAGGUAAUCAGUCCUUGAAAAAUUUUCCUUUUCAUCUGAUGUCUCUAUUUGACUUGCAAGUGAUCCAGAUACAUUUCUGGCUUUGUAAACAAAGAAGAAAAGUACCUUUGGUAAAAUAAAAAAUUUACAUCAAAUAAUAAAAAAUAAUCAUUUUACAUUA